AUAUUUCGAAAUUGAUUUUCGAAAGCAAAUCAACAAAAAAAUUUCCUUCCUGAAAUUUUAUUUUGUUUUUAAAAAUUUAGUAAGAAAACUUUUAAAAAAAGUGUUUAAGACAUUUAAUUCCACUUUAUCAAUAACUUGAUAAGAUAUUUAACUUGAAUGCAGUUUUAUAAAAGUUCUAUUUGAGUGAUUAAUUGAAUAAUUAGAAACGCCCCAAUUAACAAUCCAAGAUGACUAUGGCAGACAUUGUUGGAUCCAUCGCUGCUCGAUGGGAUCCUAAAAAUCUAGAAAUCCGUACAAUGAGUGUUGAAAAAACUCUCGAGCCUUUGGUGCUUCAAGUUACAACUCUUGUGAACAGCAAAUCAACAAGCAAAAAGAAGAAAGGUAAAUCAAAGCGUGCAUCGGCUCUUGUUGCUGCUGUUGAGAAAGCAACUGAAAACUUCAUUGAACGUGGAGAACAAAUUGCAUACGAAAAUCCAGACAUCACUCAGGAAAUGUUAGCUGCUGUUGAUGAAGUGCGAAAAACUGGACUGGCAAUGAGUGUAGCAGCUCGUGAAUUCAGCGAAGAUCCUUGCAGCUCAUUAAAGCGCGGAAACAUGGUUCGUGCAGCUAGAAAUCUUCUUUCUGCAGUUACUCGCUUGUUGAUUCUCGCAGACAUGGUUGACGUGCAUCUUUUACUCAAAUCUCUUCAUGUUGUUGAAGAUGAUUUAGAUAAGUUGCGUGACGCAUCAAGUCAAGAUGAGUUGAUGAGUAAUAUGCGUCAAUUCGGUCGUAAUGCUAAUGAAUUAAUAAAACAAGCAGCAAAACGUCAACAAGAGUUGAAAGAUCCACAAUUAAGAGAUGACUUAGCAGCUGCUCGUGCUAUUCUCAAGAAACAUUCAACAAUGUUGCUCACAGCUUCAAAAGUCUACGUUCGUCAUCCUGAAUUGGAUCUUGCAAAGAUCAAUCGUGAUUACGUUUUAAAACAAGUUUGCGAAGCUGUCAAUACAAUCAGCGAUGUUGCACAAGGAAAAGCUUCAGCACCUCAAGAUUCCUUUGCAGGUGCUGGUGAACUUGCUGCUGCUCUUGAUGACUUCGAUGAGGGAAUCAUUAUGGAUCCAUCAGCUUAUAAUGAAAUGCGCUCACGACAAUUGCUAGAAGAACGUUUGGAAAGCAUCAUCAGCGCUGCUGCAUUAAUGGCUGACGCUGACUGCACUCGAGAUGAGCGACGUGAACGAAUUGUUGCUGAAUGCAAUGCUGUUCGUCAAGCUCUUCAAGAUUUGUUAUCUGAAUACAUGUCGAAUAUGGGUACAAAAGAUCGUGGCCCGGAAUUAGAACGAGCUAUCGGUCAAAUGUAUCGUAAAACAAAAGAUCUUCGUCGUCAAUUACGUAAAGCUGUUGUUGAUCAUGUUUCCGACUCAUUCCUUGAAACAAAUAUGCCGUUGUUAGAUCUGAUUGAAGCUGCACGUUCUGGUAAUGAGAAGAAAGUUCAUGAACGUGCUGAAAUCUUCACAAAACAUGCUGAAAAGUUGGUGGAAGUUGCUAACUUGGUGUGCAGUAUGUCAAACAAUGAAGAUGGAGUUAAAAUGGUUCGUUACGCAGCAGCGCAAAUUGAGACUCUUUGUCCACAAGUUAUCAAUGCUGCUUUGAUCUUAGCCGCACGACCAAACUCGAAAGUCGCACAAGAAAACAUGGAUUCGUAUCGACAAGCAUGGGAGAAUCAAGUUCGCAUCUUAACAGAAGCUGUCGAUGAUAUCACAACAAUUGACGAUUUCCUGGCAGUUUCUGAGAAUCACAUCUUGGAAGAUGUCAACAAAUGUGUGCUGGCAUUGCAAGAAGGCGAUGCUUCAGAUUUGCGUAACACUGCUGGUGCAAUUCAAGGACGUUCUGCACGUGUUUGUCAUGUCGUUGAAGCUGAAAUGGACAAUUACGAGCCGUGCAUUUACACAAAACGUGUCAUGGAAGCUGUAAAAGUUUUACGCGAUCAAGUCAUGUCUAAAUUUGCUCAACGUGUUGAUGUUGCUGUCAAUGCUUUAUCAAGCAAUUCUGCAAAGGAAGUCGACGAAAAUGAUUUCAUUGAUGCAUCGCGUUUGGUUUAUGAUGGCGUUCGUGAGAUUCGUCGCGCUGUUUUAAUGAAUCGCAGUUCUGAAGAACUUGACACAGAUACAGAAUUUGAACCAGUUGAAGAUAUGACACACGAAACACGAAGUAGAUCGAGUGCACAUACUGGCGAUACAGCAAUUGAUGAAUAUCCUGACAUUAGUGGAAUCACCACAGCCAGAGAAGCGAUGCGAAAGAUGAAUGAAGAAGAUAAACAAAAAAUUAUGCAACAAGUUGAACUUUUCCGUCGUGAAAAACUGACUUUUGAUUCGGAAGUUGCUAAGUGGGAUGACACUGGUAAUGACAUCAUUUACUUGGCGAAGCAUAUGUGUAUGAUUAUGAUGGAAAUGACAGACUUUACGCGUGGUCGUGGACCGUUGAAGACAACAAUGGAUGUCAUCAAUGCUGCUAAGAAAAUUUCCGAAGCUGGAACAAAAUUAGACAAGUUGACAAGGGAAAUUGCUGAUCAAUGCCCGGAAAGUUCAACGAAAAAAGAUUUGUUAGCAUAUUUACAACGAAUUGCUUUGUAUUGCCAUCAAAUUCAAAUCACAUCAAAGGUCAAAGCUGAUGUUCAAAAUAUUUCUGGAGAAUUGAUUGUAUCGGGCCUUGACAGCGCAACAUCUUUGAUUCAAGCUGCUAAGAAUCUUAUGAAUGCUGUGGUUUAUACUGUCAAGUAUUCGUAUGUCGCUUCAACGAAGUAUACAAGACAAGGAACCGUAUCGUCACCAAUCGUGGUCUGGAAGAUGAAAGCACCUGAAAAGAAACCACUCGUAAGACCAGAAAAACCUGAAGAAGUUCGUGCUAAAGUUCGUCGUGCAUCACAAAAGAAAACUCAAAAUCCAGCACAUGUUUUAUCUGAAUUCACAAGUGUAAACGAUACAGUUUAAAAUAAAAUUACGUAAGUUUAAAUCACAACUUAAAUUUCAUCCUUUCAUGGCCUAGAAGUUAAGUAAAUUAUAAUAGAAAAGUAUUUAGAGAUAUAAUUAAGAAAAACUUUUUCUUCAAUUGCUUUGGAAAUGUAAAAUUUUUCAAUUUCGUCUUUAAAGAUUAAACGUUUAAAGUCGAUUUUCCCGAAACAAAAGUUUACAUUCUCUAAGUCGUUAUUUUCCCCUCUAAAUAAAUAUCACAGCACAAGAAAAUUCAUUAAAUAAUUUAAGAAAAUAAAUCUUUUUACAACAUUUUGAUUGCUUUAGAUAUUUUCCUACCGAUAAAAGUAUUUCGUAAUCUUUAUCGUCUUUUACUUUCGAGCAUCAAUUAAUUCCAUUUUCAUAGAAUGAAAAACUUUCUCUACUCGUAAUUUUAAACAAUCAAUUACUUAUUUACAUAGAUGCGUAACAAACAUGUUAAAGUCUUUCUACUUACAUUUAGGAGGAUUUUUAUCAAGACAAGCAACAUCAAAUAAAGAAAUAAUUAUAGCAUAGUUGGAUAAGAUUUUGAAAUUUUAUUAUAAUCAAAGUGUAGACAAAAGAAAUUUUUUCUUGUAUAAUGAAAGGAAAUUUAUGGAAACAUAAAAUGAUAUGAAUAAUUAAGUAAAUAAAGAAUGAAUACUAAAGGAAAUGAAG